AUCAACAAUAUGCUUAGAUUGUGACUAACACAAAUCACUACGCUGUUAGACUAGAUGUACAAAAACAUCAUAAUUUAAGUAGUGACCUAUAUAGUAAUUAAAUGGUUCACUAGUUUCUGCAAUAAUUUCCAAAAAAAAAUCAAGAAUCUUUGAUUACCAUAUAAUAUCCGAUGUGACAUACAUAGCAAACAUAUACUUAAAAAAGUUACACAAGACUUUCUUGUAAAAUUCCUUGGUUUACAUUUUUUAUUUCCUAGUCUUAGAAAAGGUCAUUAUGUCACAAGUUACACAAGACUUUCUUGUAAAAUUCCUUGGUUUACACUUUUUAUUUCCUAGUCUUAGAAAAUGUCAUUGGGUAGAAAAGAAGCCAAUUUGGAUAGACAAAGAAGUAAUUGUGGGUUAUUGGUUGCAACAUAGUCAUGAAGAUAUUUAGAAAUGUGAUUGAGACAAUUAACAACUUCAAAAUGUCAACUUUACGUGGAUAAGAAAACGGGAUUCACCACUAAUCCAUUUUAAACUAUUUUCUUAAUAUCAAUCAACAUGUAUUGUGAGAUUAUUAAAGAUACAAGCCAUCAUAACUAUUUCUCCAUCAAAAGCUAAUAUGGCUACUAGGGAAGAGAGAGAUAAGUAUAGAUCAGUCCUUGAAGAUGCAGGACAGGUUCAAUGGAGGUAUGGUCUCCCUCCAGACUUCAAUAGUGUGAACCAGCUCUUUGAAGAAGGCCAGACCAAGGUGUGGCCACAAGGUUCGUUAGAAGAGACUGUGCAAAACGCAAUCAAGUCAUGGGAGAUGGAGUUCUCACAUAAGAUCCGUUUACAGGACUUCAAGACUAUAAACCCUGAGAAAUUUAAGCUCUUUGUCAAUGGGAGAGAAGGUUUAUCAGCUGAAGAGACGCUUAGGCUUGGGAGUUACAAUGCUUUGCUCAAGAACUCUUUGCCUGAAGAGUUUCAGUACUACAAGCCAGAGGAAGAGAGCUUUGAGUCAUCACAUGACGCCUUUAGAUCUGCUUUACCACGCGGGUUUGCGUGGGAAAUACUCUCUGUGUACUCGGGACCGCCUGUUAUAGCCUUCAAGUUUAGACACUGGGGAUACUUUGAAGGAACUUUCAAAGGUCAUGCUCCUACUGGGGAAAUGGUUCAAUUCAUGGGUCUAGGAGUUCUAAAGGUUGAUGAAACGCUUAGAGCAGAGGAGAUCGAGAUUUACUAUGAUCCAGGAGAGCUGUUCGGGGAACUACUCAAGGGACGUCCUAUAUCAGAGACCAAAACCACAGACAGAGGAGACAACACUGCAGACAAACAAAGCUGCCCAUUCACACACUAAAAAAUAAUAAUGAUCUAUGAAUGUCUAUUGUCCGUAUAAUGUUGGUUUAUACCAGAAAUAAGAAAAGCAGAAGUGUAUUUGACCCUUUAAAGAAUAUAUUGUAACAGUCUCUUGGUUAUUGAUGCAUGUAAUAAAUUAUAAGUUAUGUUA